AUGGGCGGGGUGCUCUUCAUCGACGAGGCCUACUCCAUUGUCCAGGGCGACCGGGACUCCUUCGGGAAGGAGGCGGUGGAUACCAUCAUCAAGCUCAUGGAGGACCACCGGGACCAGAUCAUCGUCAUCUUGGCGGGCUACCAGAAGGAGAUGGCGGACUUCAUUGCGGCCAAUCCUGGGUUCAAGAGCCGAGUGGCCUUCAACUUCAACUUCCCCGACUAUACAUGCCCCGAGCUCGUGGACAUCGCCGAGCGGCUCAUGAAGAGCAAGAACGUGGGGCUGUCGGCCACCCGGGCCGACGUGUGCCAGGGCCCGGACACGCCCAGCGCCUGCGAGUGGCUCAAGAGCGCCAUCCGCUUUCGGACUGGCUGCUGCGAGGCCGCGGACUGCGGGAAGAAGGAGAACCGUGCCAACGGCAACGGCCGCACGGUGCGCAACGUGCUGGAGGCCUCUUACCGGGAGAUGGCGUCCCGCGUGCUGACCACCUUCACCCCCGGGCUGCUGCAAGACUACGACUCGGCGAAGCGCCCCGCGGUCCGCGGGCGGGGCAAGGAGGCGACGCCGGAGCCGGCGCUGCACUGCGGCCGCCGCUUCGAGCGGCUGCGCGCCGGAGGUCCUUACAGCUCGAUGCAGGACGUGGGCGACGCAGACGUUCGUUGUGCGUUUCGUCUUCUGGAUGAGAGUGACUUGCGCAGCUCUACGGCUGCGUCCCUUGGAGAACAGCUGCAAGCGAACUGUCAGACAACGAAGACGCCGGUCACAGUGAAUGUGAGCAGCACUCUGGAGACGCUUUCCCCGGCCAGCCUGGAUUGGGACCGGCUCCAUCAGGGCUUGUACCACGAGCGCGAGUGCUCCCGGGUCCAGGCCCUGCUGAGCUCCGGGAGCCUCCUGCAGCUCUCGGCUGUCCCCUCCUCCCACUCGGACUCGGAGGACGAGCGGUGCAAGUACUGCACCAACGAGGGCAUGUGCACUAUGAGGAGGAGCAUUUGCGAAGGUUGCGCCAGCUGCCAGCGCUUCACCCAAGACACAGAGGCAGAGGGGCUCGCCACGAGCGAAGCCCAGUGCAAGGUCUGUGGAUGGGUGAAGCGGAAGUACCGAAACACUCCAGCGAUGGAGCUGCCCCUUUUGAUGGACAGCAGGAACAUUUGCUCCAUCUACAAUCGCGCUCACCCUGCUGAAGGGGUGAGCAGCUCCCACUGCCGGCGCGCCGUGAGCCGCACAUUGACGCAACUCUCCGGGGGAGUCCGGAAGUUCACCUGCUCCUCCGUGCUGAGCCUCGAGUGCCCGGAGGAUCAGGAAAACGCUGUCCGGGACGCCGGCGGCGUGGGCGCGAUGCUGCGGCCGGGGAGCAAGGUGGAUGACUUGAUGAAGGAGCUGCAGGAGCUGAUUGGCCUGCAGAGCGUCAAGUCCGGGAUCUCCGCGCUGCGGGAUUCCGUGGAGUUCGACAUGUGGCGACGGAAGUUCCUGGGGGAGCACUGGUCGCUGCUGGGCCAGAGCUUCCACAUGCGUUUCCUGGGGAACCCGGGCACCGGGAAGACGGUGGUGGCCCGCAUCGUGGGGAAGAUCUUGGUGGAGCUGGGUGUGGUGAAGCACGAGGACGCGGACGAGGGCUUCGUUUUCAAGGAGGUGAGCCGCGCGGAUCUGGUGGGCGGCUAUGUGGGGCACACGGCGCCCAAGGUCCAGGCGGCCGUGAAGAGCGCCUUCGGCGGGGUGCUCUUCAUCGACGAGGCCUACUCGCUGAUCCAGGGGGAGCGGGACUCCUUCGGCCAGGAGGCGGUGGAUACCUUGAUCAAAGAGAUCGAGGACCACCGGGACAAGGUCAUAGUGAUCUUGGCGGGGUACCACAAGGAGAUGGAGAAGUUCUUUGACUCCAACCCCGGGUUCCAGAGCCGGGUGCCCUUCCGCUUCGACUUCGCGGACUACAGCUGCGAGGAGCUGGCGAGGAUGAGCACCUUGAGCCUCACCAAGCAGAAUGUCACCCCGACCUCUGAGGCCGAGACUUGGCUCUCCAAGAUGGUAGUGGCCAAGACGGGCUGCUGCGCCCAGGCGGACCUGGACGCCGGGCGCUGCGGCGGCGCGGCCCGGGACAACGGCAACGGCCGCGCUGUGCGGAACAUCCUGGAGUCCUCCCUCAGGGCCAUGUCGGUGCGCGCGGUGUCCAGCCCCUUCAGCAAGCAGAUGGUCACGGAGCUCCGGGACUCCGACGUGGCCGCCGUGGGCGGGGAGCUGCUCGGGGAGGCGCUGCGGGGAACCUGCAAGAUGAGCCAAGCGCCGGUGCCGGAUCUGGAGCUGCUCACAGGGCCCCUGAUGCUGGCGCUCAACUUCGAUGAAGUCAUGGAGCUGGCCCAGACGGACUGCAAAGCGGCCAGCAGGAUGGUGCUUCGAGCACGGCCGAAGCCUGGGAUCGUAGCCAGCGCAGCAGACAUCGAGAUUCGGGAUCCGGAUCUCCAGAAGGUCUUCGGAGAGCUGGACGAGCUCAUCGGCUUGGCCUCGGUGAAGCGGGCGAUGCGGGAGUUCUACGCCACGGUGGAGUUCGCGAAUCUGCGAAAGAGAGCAGGAUUGGAGCCGCUCAAGAGCCAAUCCUUCCACAUGCGCUUUGUGGGGAAUCCCGGCACUGGCAAGACGGUCGUGGCCAGAAUUGUCGGAAAGCUUCUUGUGGCGCUGGGCGCCAUUGAGAAGCCGCCGAAAGAGGAAGAGUUGAAUGACCCGGUCGAGGAUCCGGACGCCGGGCCUGUCUUCAACGAGGUGAGCCGCUCGGAUCUGGUGGCGGAGUAUGUGGGGCAGACGGCCAAGAAGGUCAUGGACCAAGUGGAGAAGAGCUUGGGCGGGGUGUUGUUCCUGGACGAGGCAUAUGCUCUGGUGCAAGGUGAUCGCGAUACCUUCGGGCAAGAAGCAGUGGAUACCUUGAUCAAAGAGAUGGAAGACAAAAGGGCCAACUUCAUUGUGAUAUGUGCUGGAUAUGAGGAGGAGAUGGAUGAGUUCUUCAACAGCAAUCCCGGGUUCAAGUCCCGAGUGCCCUUCACCUUCCACUUCGAGGAUUACACAUGCUCGGAGCUGGAUGACAUCGGGAAGCUUGGGCUUCGGAAGAAGGAGCUGAAGCUGCCCGAGAGCACCGACACCUACCAGCAGGCCCUGCGCUUCUCCACCGGAUGUUGCGACAAGCUGGAGGACUGCGUGGCGGACCGAGCCAAAGGGAACGGUCGAGCUGUGCGGAAUACGCUCGAGGCGGCCACCCGCGCCAUGGCCACCCGGCUGCAGGGCAGCGAGGAGGUCUCCGCGGAGAUCUACUCCCAGCUGACGCCGGCCGACUUCGCGGCGGUGACGGCGCAGGCGGUGCAAUCUCACCUGGCCGUGCCCUGCGGAAAGAACGGCGAACUCGCACAGAUCCUGGACAUGAUGAACCAGUCGGUGGGUUUCAGCAGCAAGAUGUCCGGCAAGCCGUCAGACUUGGUGGCCAGGUUGAAGAGUAUCGUCACGGAGACCAACGCCGUGAACAGCAUGAGGGACGCGGAUCCAGAGACGCAGAGACUAGGGGCGCAAUGUGAGGAGGAGGUCACCAGGGUGCUGAAAACGGUCUACCGAAGCAUGCACUCGUACUGCCGGUCCAGCGGCACCCUGGACUUCCUCUCUGACAAGAUCCGCGCCGGGAAGACGCAGUCGGACGUCGAGGCCGCCUCGAAGUUGCUGGAGGACGGCUCCUCAGACCUGGAGCUGAUGAAGGCUCUGAUGCAAUGCUUCUCCGAGAACAGGAAGGUUCAGCAGAUGGCGCAGCACUGCGACGCCAAGUUGGAGGACAUCCGCUCCACAGAGUACAGCCGCUGGGAUUUUCGAGUCGACGGAGAUGGCGAUUCGAUUCGAUUCGAGUCGGGGGGGGGCUUCCUUCCCUCGAGGCAUGCCCUUCCACGUGUCGGCGUGAGGGAGAGGGCGGCGCGCGUUUACCGGGUGUGCGGCCUGGUUUUCGCGGCGUCAGUGAUUUUCGGCCUUUUGGCGGCGGAUGCCCCAGUCUGGAAGUUCCGUCUUUCCAAGCAGCUGGGCAGCCAGGCCGGAUGGCUGGAAGGGCUGGGCGCAAUGCUUGCGCUGAUUUGCGCAUUUGCGGCCCUCUUGGAGCAGGCCAUCGAGGGCAACGCCCAGGCCGUGGCCGUGGUCGACGCCACCGCGAGCUUCGGCAUCGCGGUGAUCCUGCUGUUCGAGGGAUUUCAGCUGGCGAGAGACUUUUCGGCUGGUCCAUCGGAGGGCUUUGGCACGCGGCACGCCUUUCUGUCUGCGGCGUCAGCCGCCUCGAUGGUGCGUUUGGUGGCCGUCCUUUGCCUGGCACUGGCGUCCGGCGCACGUUUGCGCGAUGUGCGCGAACAUCAGGCCGUGCAGGAGCUCAUGGCGGAGCUGGAUGACCUGGUUGGCCUGGGCAAAGUGAAGGCUCAGAUGAGGGAUUUGUUGGCCACCGUGGAGUUCAAUCUGGCGCGCUAUCGCCUGAAUCUGCCGGAGAUCACCGGGCAGUCGCUGCACAUGGCGUUUUUGGGGAACCCUGGCACGGGUAAGACGGUGGUGGCCCGCCUGGUGGGCCAACUGCUCGUCGCUAUGGGCGCCAUCUCUGGAGACCACGACGGGCCCAUCGUCACGGAGGUGAGCCGCGCGGAUCUGGUGGGCCAAUACAAGGGCGCCACCGCACAAAAGGUGCAGGACGUCUUCGCUGACGCGCAAGGGGGCGUGCUCUUCAUCGACGAGGCUUAUGCCUUGGUGCAGAGCCCCAGGGACGUCUUUGGGAAGGAGGCGGUGGAUAGCAUCAUCAAGCUCAUGGAGGAUUAUCGAGACUCCGUGGUGGUGAUCCUUGCAGGGUACAGCACGGAGAUGGCCAGCUUUAUGGCGGCGAACCCGGGCUUCAAGAGCCGGGUGGCCUUCCAGUUCAGCUUCCAGGACUACACCUGCUCGGAGCUUCUGCAGAUUGGCAGUUUGCAGCUGGCGUCCAAGGGCCUGGUCACUUCCUUCCAGGGCUCCUGCCAGGAGGAGCCUUCUGCCUCUUGCACCUGGCUACGUCGGGGGAUCCAACUCGGCACUGGCUGCUGCGAGCGCGCGGAUUGCGACAAGGAGGAGAACCGGGCCAACGGCAACGGCCGAAGUGUGCGGAAUCUCCUUGAGGCGUCGUACCGGGAAAUGUCCAGCCGCGUUCUGACACAGUAUCCUCCGCUGCUGCUGACCUUGUACGACGCGAUGCACCAUCCCAACGUGUCCAACGACAGGCCAAAUCCCCCACUCGACUGCGGGACCAAGUACGAAGCCAUCCGAGGAACAGGCACCUACUUGAAGCUGGAGGACACUGGCGGCGCCGACGUACGUUGUGCAUUCAAGCUGCUCGAAGCAGGCGACGUGCGGCGCUCCGCCGUGGCCAUGCUGACGCAGCUGCUCCGCGGCAGCUGCGAGGCCAGCAAGACGCCGGUCACGGUGAACAUGACGCUCUUGGCCGAGGAUGAUGUGCUGGAGAAGCUUGACUGGGAGCGGCUUCAUGAUUUGCUUCUCCAAGAGAAGGAUUGCGCCGGGGCGCAGGCGCUGCUGAAUUACCACACCUCUCACUCGCUCAUGCAACGAUGGUCUGAGGAAGAUCGGGAGGACCAUGAGCCUGAAUGGGGCUGGGGUUUUGUGCCGGAGUCUGCCAUGAAGUGUGAUGUGAAGUCCUCCUGCAAGGUUUGCUCCUACGUGGCAGAGAAGUUCGAGAACGUGGAGCCCGGGGAGUUUCCCGGCUGGAAGACCUACGACGACUUGUGCGGGGUCUUUCUGAUUGGAAAUCUCAGCGACCAGUUCGACAAGAGCUGUGCGGAUGCAUGUUGGGGCUACUCUGAUCAUAUCUUCGCGCUGCUGCAGAAGGGCGCGCCCUUCACUUGCUCGGACAUUGUGAUGUACGAGUGUCCCCAGGACGCCCUUGCGGGUCCUGCGGAGAAGCCCUUCUAUUUCUCCACGGCGGAAUUUGAUGACGCAGGCCGUCCCAAAGAUCGACCGGGCAGCAAGGUGGCAGGCUACAUGCAGGAGCUGGAUGAGCUGGUUGGCCUGGCCUCGGUGAAGGCGGGAAUGCACUCGCUGCGCGACACGGUGGAGUUCGACAUGUGGCGACGGAAGUUCCUAGGGGAGAAGUUCUCACUGCUGGGCCAGUCCUUCCACAUGCGCUUCCUGGGGAACCCGGGCACCGGCAAGACGGUGGUGGCCCGACUUGGGGGAAAGAUCCUGGUGGAGUUGGGGGUGGUGAAGUCAGAGACGGCAGAAGACGACUCGGCGGAAGAGCUCGUCUUCAAAGAGGUGAGCCGUGGGGAUUUGGUGAAGAGCAACUUGGGCCAAACCGCCGUCAGCGUCCGCGCGGCGGUGCAGAGCGCCUUCGGCGGGGUGCUCUUCAUCGACGAGGCCUACUCCUUGGUACGGGGACGGAAAGACAUGCUGGGCCAAGAGGCGGUGGAUACGUUGAUUAAGGAGAUGGAGGAUCACCGGGACAAGGUCAUCGUGAUCCUCGCGGGAUAUCAGGAGGAGAUGGAGACCUUCUUCGAAUCUAACCCAGGCUUCAAGUCGCGGGUGCCCUUCGCCUUCGAGUUCUCGGACUACAGCUGCGAGGAGCUCGCGGAGAUCGGCCGGUACUCCCUUAGCAAGCAGACCAUCUUCCCCACAGAGGAGGCGGACGCCUGGAUGAGCAAGGUCGUUGCCCGGCAAACGGGAUGCUGCACCCAGGCCCAGGUGGCCGCCGGGAGCUGCCGAGGCGCCGCGCGGGACAACGGCAACGGCCGCUCCGUGCGGAACGUGGUGGAGGGCGCCCUGCGGGCCAUGGCUGUGCGGGUGGCGGUGGCCGGGGCCACCACCAAGGAGAACGUCACCCAGCUCAAUGCUGUGGACGUGGCCGCCGUAGGCGGGGAGAUCAUCCAAAGCGCGCUGCACGGGACCUGCAAGAAGCAGCAGAAGGCGAUCCCGGAGGCCCAGCUGACCGCGGGCCCGCGGGUGCUGGGGCUCUCCAACUUCGCGGCCGCGGCGAGGCUCGCGGGGGAGGAUUGCGAGAAGGGGAAGGCCGCGUUGCUGGCGGCCGAGCCGGCCAGCGACGCUGUUGUGGAUGCGGGUCAGAUUGUGAUCAAAGAGCAGUCCUUGUCGAACAUCUUCAAGCGACUGGACCAGAUGAUCGGCCUGGCCUCAGUGAAGCUCGCGAUGCGGGAGUUCUACGCCACUGUAGAGUUUGCCAAGUUGCGAGAGCACUUCGACUUGGCUCCGGUGAAGAGCCAAAGCUACCACAUGCGUUUCCUGGGGAACCCGGGCACGGGCAAGACGGUCAUUGCCCGUUUGGUGGGACGGCUGCUAUUGGCCAUGGGGGCCGUGACAGCGCCCCCAACGCGCGAAAGCCGGCCGCGGCGGAAAACCUUCAACGAGUUCAGCCGCGUGGACUUGGUGGGGGAGUACAUGGGCGCCACGGCCCCGAAGGUGAAGAAGGCGGUCGCGAAGAGUUUGGGCGGUGUCUUCUUCCUGGACGAGGCAUAUGCCUUGGUGCAGGAUGCGCAGGACGAGUUCGGCAUCGAGGCGGUGGAUACACUGAUCAAGGAGAUGGAGGACAAGCGCGAGAACUUUGUGGUGAUUUGCGCAGGCUAUGAAGAGGAGAUGGAGCGCUUCUUCGACAGCAACCCCGGGUUCAAGUCGCGGGUGCCCUUCACCUUCCACUUCGAGGACUACAACUGCUCGGAGCUGAGCCAAAUCGGCCGCCUCAGUGUGCAGAAGCAUGGCCUGGUGUUGCCGGAGGAGGCGCAGCAGGGCUUCCAGGAGGCGAUCCGCUUGGGCAGCGCCUGCUGCGAGACGCUGGAAGACUGCGUUCCAGACAGAACUCGGGGCAAUGGCCGGGCUGUGCGGAACGUGGUGGAGGCGAGCGUCCGUGCCAUGGCACGACGACUUCAGGGGAAGUCGAGCAUGACGGUGGACGACUAUCCGGAGGAGCGGGAUGUCUUCUCCACCUUCAGCGCCGCAGAUUUCAGCGCUGUGGUUUCCGAGAGCAUCGACUCUCGCCUGUCCAUGCCCUGCAGCAACCGAGGCGAGCUCAGCAAGAUCAUCAACGCCUUGGAUUCCCGGCCCUCGGGCGUGUAUGUGGACCUCCCUGCGAAUUUGGAGGUCUUCUACAGCCAGCUGAAGCAACUCAGCCUGGAGACGCAGAAGGCCGGGCAGCUGAGGAAUUUGGAUUCUAGCAGUGCGAAUCUGCUGAAGCAAUGCUUGGGCAAGAUCGAGGACGUGGUGAGUCUCGUGGUCGAGCGCAUGCAGAGCUACUGUAGCGAGUCUGGCUUCUUGGACAAGUUCGCCAAGCAGAUCAAGUCGGGCGCCGAUAGAAGUGCUGUCGACCGAGCAUCUGCAGUCCUCAAGGCGACGGCCAAGGACGUGCAGAUCUUCCAGGAGAUGUUGGUCUCCUUGGAAGGCGACAAUCCCUCGCGCAGCGCCCAGGAAGCCUCCGAGCGCUGCGCGGCCAAAGUGAGGGACCUUAAGUCGAGGCCUUUCAGUGGCCCUGUGAACCCCUUCGCCUGA